AUGUUGGCCAAGAGACACGUAUCUAUAAUAGGAUCUGGUCCGUCGGGGUUUUACACGGCGUAUAGGCUGUUAAGAAAGUCGAGAAUCCCGCUGCACGUUCAGAUAUGGGAAAAGUUACCUGUACCGUUUGGCUUAUCGAGGUACGGUGUCGCUCCUGACCACCCUGAGGUGAAGAAUUGUGAGGAGACAUUUGAGAGCUGUGCGAAGAUGUACAUAGGUGGGAAGGAGAAGUCAUUUGAGUUUAUAGGCGGUGUCGAAGUCGGUAAGGACGUAGCAUUGAAUCAAUUGAUUCGCGCAAGUGAUGCUGUCGUUUUCAGUUACGGUUGCAGUGGGGAUAAGAGGUUAGGGAUCCCUGGAGAGAGCCAGACAAAGGGGGUCUUUACUAGCAGAGAGUUUGUCAAUUGGUAUAACGGUUAUUUCGAUUCUGCACUGGACGACAAGUUCAGUAGCUUUCCAUGGGAGAAAGUGAAAAGAGUAGGUAUUAUUGGCAAUGGUAACGUAGCACUCGAUAUAGCGCGGGUUUUGUUGAGUAACAAAAUAGACUCGCUGUGGUCAGGUACAGAUAUAUCCACCGUGGCUCUAGACAGUUUACGACAAUGCCCGGUGGAGGAGGUCAAACUGAUCGGCAGAAGGGAUUUCCUUCACUCCAAAUUCACGAACAAAGAGCUAAGAGAGAUGUGGCAAUUAGAGGAGUAUGGUGCCAAAGGUUUUAUUGAUGCGAGGUAUUUCCAACCAGAAAGAUACGCGGGCAACGACUUGGAUAGAGCGAUGAAGAGGAGACUCGAAAUGUGCUCUGAAUACCUUAGCCCGUUUGAUCAAAGAACGAAGAAGAACUACAAGAAAGUUAGACCGGGCAACGAGCUGAAUUGCACAUGGGAACUAGACUACCUGAAGACACCCUUGAAGAUUACACCAAACGGAGAUGGGACCAUACGAUCUUUAACACUGUGUGAGAAUGUAAUUACGCCUGAAAACCAGUUGAUUCCACAGUCUCAAACAGUUGAAUAUGAUAUGGAUCUUUUAAUCACUUCGCUAGGGUACAAUGGGAGACCACUAAAUGGGUUUGACUCCCUCGAGAUUGGCUUCGACAGAGACCACAUUGCAAACAGACAAGGUCGCGUUCUCCAAGAAAACGGAAACACUGUGAUCGAUAAGCUGUACGCGUCUGGGUGGAUACGCCACGGGCCGCACGGUGUGAUCGCAUCGACGAUGUCGGAUGCGUUUGACGUCGCAGAUAUAGUUUUGGAGGAUUUGGAGUCCCAACCCGUCCGGAAAGAACCCGUCCCCGCGGGCGAUCUCCUCGCAUUGAGCAGAAUCCCGCAUACGACGUGGUUCGAUUGGGAGAGAAUCAACGAAAAGGAGAUUCAUGAGGGGACCCUACGGGGCAAGAACAGAAGCAAGUUACUAACGUUACAGGACGUCGAUGCCCUGUUGAAGCAGGCCCCAACAGCUACCUAA